CUCCCCGCCCCCGUCUCCCUGACUGCGCCACCCACCACAUCCACACACUCGCCACGCAAGAGGGACGGCGACGGCAGAUUCUUACCUUCGACUCCACAUGUGAGAUAAAAUGGUUGGUACACGUGUGUAUGUGGGUGGCCUAAGCUACCGUGUGGGAGAACGGGAUUUAGACAGAUUCUUCAGGUCGUACGGAAGACUAAGAGAUAUUGUUAUCAAAAAUGGAUUUGGCUUUGUGGAAUUUGAUGAUGACAGAGAUGCUGAUGAUGCUGUUUAUGAGAUGAAUGGCAAAGAACUCCUAGGAGGAAGAGUAACUGUAGAGAAGGCGCGCGCAGCUCCACGUAUGAGGUGGCCAAGAGCACCUCCACCAAGAGGGUUCCAUUCAAGGGAUGGGCAGAGAUUUGGCAUGCCAGCCCGCACAGAUUAUCGCCUCACUGUGGAGAACCUCUCAAGCAGAGUGUCCUGGCAGGAUCUCAAGGAUUUUAUGCGUCAGGCUGGAGAAGUCACGUAUGCAGAUGCUCAUAAAUACAGGCGAAAUGAAGGGGUGGUAGAAUUUGCCACUUAUGCAGACAUGAAAAAUGCCCUGCAUAGAUUAGACGGGAAGGAGCUUCAUGGACGUCGCAUCCGCCUGGUGGAUGAAUCCAAAUCAAGGAGUUCUCGGCGCUCGCGUAGGUCAAGGUCUAGGUCAUCAUCAAGGUCUAGAUCUCGAUCUAGGUCUCGUUCUCGCUCGAGCAUGAAAGAAAAACCUAGAGCUUAUUUAAUAGUACUGUUGUAUGUUUGUUGCAGGAGUGGCGGCCACAGCAAGAAGAGGCGCUCAAAGUCCAAGUCACGCUCCAAGUCUGGAUCUCGUUCAAAGUCUCGCUCUGGAUCAGAAAGAUCAAAGUCCAAGUCCAGAUCCCGUUCCAGAUCCCGCUCAAGAUCCCAUACACAUAGUCCAACUCCCAAGAAGAGCAAGUCUCGCAGUCGUUCAAAAUCUGCUGAGGCAGAAUCAGAGUCAGAGGAUGAGAAGUAGGAGCCAGAGUAGAGGUCCCUGCUGGUCAUGGAGCACUUCGGAGGUGUCAUUCAUCUUUUGAGAUGUAGCCCUCAGGAAAGACAGUAGAAAAAUUAAUUCACUGGGGUGUUUGAAGCGUGGAAUAUAUUUUUAAUUUUUAUGAUAUUUCAUUUCGUUUCCUUCUUUCUUUCUUUUUUUUAUUUUUAUUUUGUUAUUUUUUGUUUUCUUUUAUAAUUUUUUCUUUUUUCUUUUUCUUUUUCCUUUUUUUUUUUUUUUUU